CUCCGUGACGUCGUCCAUACCGGAAGUGGACAGAGGGGCGGCCGUGCGGUUUGGACUUUCUGCUCUGGUGUUGUUGAACUGUUACUCGAAAAUUGCGGCCAUUGUUUUAUUUAGAGGAAAGCGACUUUCCCAGCAGCGAGAUGUGCAACUUCGAUAAGGACAAAGGCCCAAGGAGGCUGAUGCAAAAAGGGUUAGCUCUCAUCCUGGUCGGCCAUAUUAACUUCAUCAUCGGAGCUAUUGUCCAUGGCAGUGUCCUUCGUCACAUUUCCAAACCCACCCAGCAUAUCUCCACCGAAUACACUGUUGCCAACAUCAUCUCUGUCACCUCCGGCCUCCUGAGCAUUGCCAGUGGGAUUAUUGCCAUUGUGGUAUCAAGGAACCUUCAUGAGCUCAAACUGCAAAUAGGACUUAUAAUUACCUCAUUCCUGAAUGCCUUGGUCUCAGCAGCAUGUUGCACUGGGCUCCUUUUGGCUAUCAGUAUCACUGUGGCCCACAAUGGGGAGGGUUUGAUGUUGGGAUGCAAUGACACUGAGGUUCCCAUCAAUGCUCGGUCACCUGUCAGUGCCCGGUGUCCGUUUGAUACUACACGGAUCUACGAUACCACCUUGGCUCUGUGGAUCCCCAGCGCUGGGCUGGCAGCAACUGAGGCUGGACUGUCAGUGUGGUGCUUCAUCGUUGGACUGGCUCUCAGAGGGCUGCCACCCUGUGGGAAUAGCUACAUCAAAGAGCAGCUGGAGGAAGAGGCUGAGUGCUCUCCCCAAAGCCGACGCCUGAUGGGACGACGCUUCAAUCCUGAAGCGUAGCUGAACAAUAAGGAGUAAGGAUGACUAAACACAGCUAAAUCCCAAAAUGCAUCACUGCUUCUGAAUAGAGACUGAUAGAUUUUCCCCAACAGUGGGUUAGGUGAGCGUCACUGUCAUAAUGCAGUACAGGAGUGGAGUCAGGUUAAGAAAGUGACUCUGACUUAAUGUUACAGUGAAUUCACAUACAGUGAAGCUGUGAGCUGAAAUCAGUGGGGUUAAUUUAAUCCAGGAUAUCAGUGCCUAAUGAAACCCAGCAAUGGUGAAUUAAUCUACAGUGACACAUAUCUAAAAACUGAUAUAUGCGUUUUAGUCGGUGCAUUCUAAAGUGCACAUACUUUUUUUGAAAUUCAGUGUGCACGUACAUGUGUGAAACCUCCUGAUUCCUUUCAGUGUAAUCAUUAUCCCUUCUUGACUGUGUGGCUUUAGUAAUACCAAAAAUAUAGUGCUAAACAUGUCUUUCCAUUUGAAGAAACUUUUGUUCUUGAAGAAAAUACACAAUAUAUCUAGCAAAUAUAUAUCUUAUUUUAGCUGAAUUAUGUACAUUGUAGCUCAUAUGAACUGUUAUUUCAGCAAGAUCUAUUUUAUUCUAAUGUUUUUAUAUUUUAUUGUUUGUCCAAAUUUCAAAACACUCCAUUAAAUCUAAGAUGCAUGGAACAGAUCAUGCAUAUACGUUUGAUGCCUAAAAAUGAAAUGCAUUGUGCUGAUGCUUGUUGCUACAUUAUAAUAUGAAGUAAUGUCAUGUAAAUUGUUUGAUGCUGUGACUUGCUGUAAAAUACCUAAAAUAACAAGUUAUCUUAAUGCAGAUACAAUAUUUGGCUAAAAGCUAGUUGAGCUUCUUGAAAAUGGUUUGUACUGAUAGAUAAAUAUAGUAAGUGCAUUAAGUGGCAUGUUUUAUGGUCAGUAGUUUACUCAGUGGCUUACUGUACUAGGCACAACCUUCCAAUUUUGAACACACCACAGAUACAGUAACUGCUAUAUUUUAAAUACCUAUUGAAUAUUUUGACUUUUUAAAUUUUUUUGCUGACUACAUUAUUGUUCGUCAGCUUUGUGAUAGAAUUUUUUGAAGACAUACUUUAGAGAGACAACCCAGAGCUGUUAAACUCCAAGGGGAUUAAGUCAGAGAUAAUCUAAGAUGUUUGGUUAUUUUAAUCUUUUUUAUUAUUAUUAUUUGCAUUUGGUCAGACAUUUGAAGUGAAAAACUGAGAUGUAAACUGAAGUUUGAAAAUAAAAUUUUUAUCUAUGUGAACACAAAA